AUGGGCUCCGAACAAAUAACCUUGUUCGAUCUAGCCAGUCAAGCACCGCAUACUUCAUGGUCUUUGAACCCAUGGAAGACGCGCAUGCUCUUCAAUUACAAGGGCCUUGACUAUAAGACAGAAUGGGUUGACUAUCCAGAGAUUGCGUCGAGAUUCAGUCCACAUAUCCCGCCUAAUGAUGGAGAAGGCCAGAAGGCAUACACAAUCCCCAUAAUUCAGUUCCCUGAUGGAACAUACCUCAUGGAGUCAGGGAAAAUUGCAACGGCCAUUGAGAACAAGUAUCCAUCUCCGACUGUUCACCUUGAUUUACCCAUCGUUCAGAGGGUAGACAGUCUCGUCGACAAGUGCAUGCCCGCCAUGCACCCCAAUCUCCUGUACAAGUUUUCCCAAGUCGUCCUCAGCGAAAAAAGCUACGACUACUGGGUUGGCGCAUACACCAAAAAGUUUGGAAUGCCUCUCGACGAAUACGAGCGACAGCUGGGCGGCGAGAAAUCCUGGGCCGAGGCCCUGCCGGCCAUUAUUGAACUGACCAGUCUUCUGAAGGAGAGGCAAGCUGAGGGACCCUUUUUCUUAGGCAAGGAUAUCAGCUACGCUGAUUUCAUAUGGGCAGGAGCAUUGAUGUUUGUAAAGCGAAUAGAUGAGAAUGUGUUUCAAGAGCUGUUGGACAGGACGGGGGCUAGAGAUGUGCAUGAGAGGUUUUUUGAGGCGUGCGCGCCUUGGAUGAAGAGAGACAGCUACUGA